AUGAAGGAAAUCAUUCCGUCACGAGAAAUCAAACCUGAGAAAACAAAUGUUUUGUUUCCUAAGACAGUCAACUCUGCCGCAUCUGACAUCGGGAAAUUCACUUCAAACAUACCCAACUUAGAAGGGGAACAGAAUCCAACAAGAUCAGAAAUUAUAGACAUGAGAGACACAUUACGUCAAUGGAAUGAACUACGUCAUAAAUUUCGUGACGUCACCCAGCCAAUUCAAAUAUCUGACAUGGGAAUCGAUCCUAACCAUAAGUUCUCGACGACAUCUCCGAAACACUGUGGCAUGGCGUCUGGUUUCACUAAUGGCAUGGCACCGAGACAUUUUGGUGGCAUGGCGUCGCCACCCGCAACUGAUUUUUGGAGACCUCCAGUGGAAGCACUCUCGCCUCAGAAAGAUCUUCCAUUUUCCGAACCCGGAAUCGAUAUCCAUGGCAACCUCCAACACAAAUGGCCUCAGGUGCCGCCAAACCAGAAUAUACAAUGGAAUGCAUUGUUAGGUAAAAUGACUGCUGAUCAGUCUUACCUGAGGCUGCCUGCUUACUACUCUGCUCUUGCGUGCGCGCAUGCAAUCUUGCAACAACGGUACAACAGCAUACGAGGAAUUGUUCCACCCGAGCCGCAGCGAGAGCCCCAGCAAUGCGAAGACGGCCUGACAUCGUUCAUUCGAAACCUUCCUCUGUACCCGACCCCCUCCGUAUUAAACCUCAGCGCUGUGUUCCCGCCCACUACGUCACAGCCUCCUGCUUCAUUGGAUGAACUCAGAGCUCGUAUCGCUAUGACGUCACAAUUAGCUAUGACCUCACAAUUAGCAAUGACAUCACAAAACAUGGUCCUCAACAACUUUUUGGCGCAAGGAAACAGUAAUAUUCCCGCGAUGACGUCACGCGGUCAUGAUGUCAUAGCUCAACAAAUGCACUGUGGGCAUUGUGACAAAACAUUCAAUUCUUCUCACGGUCUUGAGAUUCAUGUCCGCCGCUCACACCCCGACAGCAGACAAGCAGCCUACAGUUGUGAAAUUUGUCACAAGACAUUCGGACAUGCCACGACACUCGGACAGCAUCGGACAACCCACGGCAAGGACAGAGCGUUUGAAUGCCAUAUUUGCCACAAGAACUUUAAGCGUUCCUCUACUCUGUCAACCCAUCUCCUCAUUCACAGCGAUACCCGCCCAUUCCCCUGUCCUUACUGCGGAAAGAGAUUUCAUCAGAAGUCCGAUAUGAAGAAGCACACCUUCAUACAUACAGGUGAAAAGCCUCACAAAUGCAGGAUUUGUAGCAAAGCCUUCAGCCAGAGUUCGAAUCUUAUCACACACAUGCGGAAACACACCGGCUUCAAACCCUUCGCCUGCGGUCUAUGCGACAGAGCGUUCCAGAGAAAAGUUGAUUUGAGACGUCACAAAGAGGCUCAGCACGGGGUCAAAUAA